AUGGUUUCGAGGGCCUGUAAAUCGCCGACAGUUGUGUUCUCCACCAUUUUUGGGUCAUGGAGCGGGGGCGGCAUCAUCACAUUCUACCUCUCCGUGGCGCUGAAACAAGUCGGCAUCACCGAACCAGCACAGCAGGCCGGAAUCAAUGGCGGAUUACAAAUUUUUAAUCUCUGUGUCGCACUUGCCGCUGCAAGCCUAGUUAAAAAACUCGGCCGCCGUAUCCUAUUCAUAUCUUCGAGCGUAAUCAUGCUUUUAGCCAUGAUAGGGUUUACUGUAGCCACAGAACAAUUUACCAGAGAAGGGCAGUCAGCGGCAAGUAAAGCUCUCGUCGCGAUGGUGUUUUUAUUCCAAUUUGGGUCGGAUGUCGGAUACACACCUCUUCGAUGUACAUUGCGGAGAUAUGCCCCUAUCAUCUGCGAGCGAAAGCCAUGGCGCUGCACUACUUUCUCAUGUACGCCUUUAGUGCCGCUGGGCAAUAUGCCAACCCGGUGGCCCUGCAAAACCUGGGUUGGAGGUACUAUCUAG